AUGCAGCGCGCCACGGCGAUGCCGUCGACGACGGCCACCGCGACGACGUCCGGUCGCCGCGAUCUGCUGUUCUCGCGGCGUCAUCGCGCGUCGCCGCCGUCGCGCGCGGCGUCGGCCGGCGACGCGACGCGCGCGCGCGCGGCGUCGUCGCCGACGACGCGGACGAGGAUGAUGGAAAACGAACGGGCCAGGCUGCGUCGUCGUCAUCAUCUUCGUCGCUCCUCUUCGCGCGCCGCCGCGGUGUCCACGGAGGGCCCGCCGUCGUCCUCCUCCACCUCCUCCUCCUCCACCACCACCUCCUCCUCCUCCUCGGCGCCGUUGAAGUACGAGAUCGUCAAGGGCGCGCUCGUGGAGUGGUCCGUCGAGUCGCCCUCCGGCCCGCACCCGCCGACCGCGGUUCUCGUCCACGGCAUCCUCGGCUCGCGACGCAACCUCCUGUCGUUCGCGAAGCGCCUCGCGGCCGCGUUCCCGUCGUGGCAGUUCCUCCUCGUGGACCUGCGAUGCCACGGGCAGACCGCGGGGACGCGCGAUUCGGAGGGGCCGCCGCGGGGGGACGCGACGAACGACGUGACGUCCGCGGCGAAGGACGUCCUGGGCGUCCUGAAUCAUCUCAAGAUGUACCCGCACGCGCUCAUCGGCCACUCGUUCGGCGGGAAAGUCGCGAUGUCGAUGGUGCACCAGUUCGGGAAGCAGCUCCCGCGCCCGGUGCAGGUGUGGGUGUUGGACACCGUGCCGGGGGACGUGUGGUGCGAGGCGGGCGAUCACCCGAGAGACACGAUCGCGCACGCGCGGACGAUCCCGAUGCCAAUCGCGUCGAGGAAGGCGCGUUCGUAUUCACACUGGUCCCCAUACGGCCCCGUUGGCGCGGUGAACGCCGCGCUGGUGGACGACCUCACGGCCGCGGGGUUCACGCCGGAGGGCGCGCAGUGGAUGACGACGAAUCUGCAGCCCGUGAGCGAGCAAUCGAAAGCGAGCAACGGCGAGCUGACGUGGACGUUCGACAUCGAGGGCAUCGUGGAGAUGUACGCGUCGUACGAGGCGACGGACUUGUGGCCGAUGCUCGAGACGCAGCCGAGGGGACUGCGGGUGGAUUUCGUGCGCGCGGAGCGGAGCGCGUUCGUGUGGACGGACGAGGACAUAGGCGCGUUAUCCUGA